AUGGAUAAAGAACAAGAAUUACCAACCCUUUAGUAAUAGGAUAAGGAACUUGAGAAGAAGCGUAAUAAACAAGGUUUGGAUAUACAUUUCAAAUUAUUUAAUGAUCUUUUGAAAUUAAAAUAUGCAUCAUUCACAAAGACAGCAUUAAUGUUAAUAAUAGCAUUUAUUCAUCAAUUUCUAAGUUAAAUAAGAAAGUACUUAAAUAAGUAUAUUCAGAUAUAAGAGUUUGAUUAACAUUCAUUAUUCAACCGAAUCAACUAUCCUUGAUGAAAUGAUAGAUUUUUGUACCUAUUUUGACAUUUAAGGCUUAAUAAGAUUAGAUAUCACAAUAAAUUACAUAAUGCUAUCAAUAUUUUUAUUAGCAACAAUAGGAAAUUCAAUCCUAUAUUUGAUGCUUUAUUUAUUUUAAGGAGAUAACUUUAAAGUUCCUAAGAAAUUUUUAGGAAAGGUAAAUUGAUGAGUUUUUUAUAUAGAAAUUUGUAUAAUUAUCUGAAUGGUAUGUGUGGUUAUUACAUUAUCCUGCAAUGAUGGUAUUUUUUGAAAAUAUAUUUUGUGGGCCUACAAUAAAUUGUACAUAAACAUCAAUACAAGAUAUUUUAAUAUCUUUAUCUGUAAUAGGGUAUACUUAAUUAUAUAUGAUUUAGUGUAUUUUUAGGAACAAUCAAUAAUUGUUUUUUAAGUGUCUUUUUUCAUAAUAACAGCAGUCAGAAAAAAGACUGUUUAAAUACUGAGAAUUCUCUUUAUCUUUUAAGUUUUUAACUAUUCCGAACGAUUCAAGCCCUUCUCUAAUCUUUCAAGUUCAUAUUUAAAAAUAUCAUUAUAGUUCUACAGAAUAUGGAUAUCUUUGGGGGAUGCUAAUAUUAAUUUUUAUUUGCUAUAGUUAUUUUUUAUUAGAUUGUCUAUUUUUUAGUGGAUAUUUAGCAUUUUCUACAACCUCAGUUAGAAAUACAUUUUAGAUUCUAUUAAUUAUAAUGGUUUCGACUAGUUUUUCAAUGAUAAUUGAUGAGCUGUAUAGAUAUAAUACUGUUAAGCAAUAAUUUGAGAAUUUUAGUAUAUUUUUUACUGUGUCUUUUAUAUUUUUUUGUUGUUGUUUUAGUUUUAACUUGAAGAACUCAAAUUACAAAUAUAUUAAUUUAGAAAAUGCAGGAGAUUAAGAAUUAAAUAAAUAAAUAUUUAUACUGAAUUCUCUAUUAGAAGUAUCAAGUUAAGAUAUAAAUGUUGAUUUAUUUUUUAAGGGUAUUUUACAAAGACAUAUGGAGAUUGAAUGUAAACAUACAGUAAUUUAAGGAGAAGGUAGAUGUUUUUGUAAGAAGAAAAAGAUUUUUGAUUCAAAAAAACGAAAAGAAGUAAGUAUUGAUGAUUGGUUGAUUCAUAAGAAUAUAUUUGUAAAAUUUUUAAUGAAAUCAUGGAUUGAAAUCAAGUUAAGUCAAAAUCCAAAUUCGAUAGAAUUAUUAAUUCUUUAUGCCAGAUUUAUGUUUUAUAAAUUUUAGAAUCAUUAAGUUUCAUUACAUAUUUUAUUAGAUUUAGAGAAACGUUUUUUAUUUAUCAUAAAUAGAUAUAAAAUAUAUUAGCUAAAAACUUAGAUAAUGAAAUAUAUAAAGCAUAGAAAUAAAUUAAGUUAUAGAGAAAAGUUAGAAACUCAGAAUGCUUUGUAUAUUGAAGAGAUGAUAGAGACAAUAAAGAGUAAUAUAAAUAAUAUAAUGAUAUAAAAUUGUUUGUUUUGGAAAUGUUUGUAAAAAGAAGUUAUAGAUUUAGAAGAGUUAGAUAAUUUAUUGAAAACUUAAUUUGAUAAGAUAGAAUAAACUAAUUUUUUCUGGGUAUAAAUAUAAAACUAUCUUGACUUUAAAAAGAAGUGGAAAUUUUAUUAUGCUUGGUUUACUCUGUAUAUAGAAAAUAAGAAAUUAAAAAAUAAAAUAUUAGAUAACUUUUAAGGAUUGUCAGUAAAUGAGAACGAUAUCUUUUCAGAAGAACUAUAAGAAAAUAAUUUGGAAGAAGAUAUAGCAAGUAUUAAAUCUGAUUAAGAACAAAAAGUGGAUAUGGAUAAAAUAGAUAUAAAGAGCAAACGUAUAGUUUUUGAUAAAAAAGCAUGUAUUAUAUAAGCUAGUGAUGAUCCAGAUGCAAUUAUUAUAAAAGUGAAUAAAUAAUUUACAAAGAUAUUUGGAUAUACUAGAGAAGAAGUGGUGAUGAAAUUUCGAAUAACAUAAUUAAUGCCUGAUAUCUAUUCAAAAGUACAUCCUUCACUAUUAAAUGAUUAUAGAUUGACUGGAAAAGGACAUUCUCUUUAUUCUUAAAGAAAGGUUUAUUGUAUACAUAAAAAUGGAUAUAUGUUUACAGCAUAAAAGUUUUUAAAAUUAUAUGUAGAUUUAAAUGGUUAAUCUUAAUUUGUUGUUAUGUUAAGACCAACAGAUAUCAAUAAUGAAAAAAAACAUGAUGUAAUUAUUUUGAAUUCAGAUUGGGAAAUAAAUGGAAUGACACCUAAUAUAAUUUAAUCAUUGUAAAUUGAUUAAGAUUUAUUUUCUAAAUAAAAAGUUUAAGUAUUAAUUAAUAUGCUACUUUUUGCUCCAAAAUUGAUUUAAUUUAGUAGAGCAUGUUAAUUGAUAAAUGAAUAAACUGAUUUAGAAUUAUUUGGUAUGUAAAAAAAUAAGAAAAAAUAAGAAUAAAUUGUUAAAUCAAUUAAGACAAAUUAAUUAUAAGAUACAAUUAAAAUCUAAGUUAAUAAUAUGGCUCAUUCUGGAUCAAGUAAUCAAGCAUUUCCAAAAAGUUCUCAUGCUGUUUCUUCAGAUGAUUAAUAUUCUAAUUAUAAUUAAAUCUAAUCAUUAGAUAUUCCUGAAGAAAAGUUAUUUCUUUAACAUGCUAGUAGUAGUGUCAGUGAUAAAAAUGAAGAGAAAGAAUUUAAAAAAUAAAUUGAUUAAUAUGCUGAAAUGCAAAAAGAUAUUAAUGAAUAAUUAAAUAAAAAAGUUGAUGAAUAAAUUAAAUAAAUUUAGGAGACUUAAUAUCAAAAUAAUUUUAAAAGAAUUCAAACUAAAUAUGAUAACAAUCAAGGUGAUAUUAGUGAUGAUAAUCUUAGUAGAGAUGAAAUUAUCAAAGCUAAAGGAUAAUUUAUAUUAGAAGGAAAAGUAAAUAAUGGUGAACCUAUAACUUUUCAUAUUAAAUUAUCUGAUUAAUUUAUGGCAGCAUGUAAACAUUACUCUGAUUCAAAAUAUAAGUUGUAUUAAAUUAAAAAAUAAUAAGAUGAUGUAAAUAUAUUUAAUAUUAUAUAAGCAUGUAAAAUAAGAAGAAAAAAAUGAUUAAGAAAAAGAAAAUAAAAAAAAUAAAAAUAAUGAAAAUAAAUAGAUAGUAAAAUAGGGAACUUAAUAAAGAGAAUUCAAAAAAAAAGCUAGAUUAAUGUUUUAAAAAGCAGCAGAAAGGAGAAAAAAUGAUGAAGAUAGAAAUUACUAUGAAUUAAUUAAGGAAAUAUAUAGAGAUAUAUUAAAGAAUUAGAAAAAAGUAAAAUCUUAUAAAAUUAUUUGUACUAUUGCCUUUUAUAAAAUCAGAGAUGAGAGAAUUGGAAUAAUGAAAGUUUAAAAUAUUUAAGAAAUAUUAAAAAAUAAAAUAAGAACUAAUGUAAAAAAAUAAUCACAAAUGUUAUAGAAAGGUUAUUCAAGAGGUAAUAAAUUCUUAAUCUAUAGAUUUAUCACAUAUUCGUAAUAUUUAAAAUUUAGAGGGACCUAAAUAUAUGACAAUGACUAGUGAUGGUGAAAGUAAAGUCAUUUCACCUCCUUUACCAUUUUCAACAUAACCUAAUUCUAAAAGUAAUAUCAAAAUUAAUAUCAAAUAAAAUGGCCUUGGCUAUUAAUUACAAAAAUAAGAAAAUUUAGAAGAUCCAGAUGAUAAGGAUGCUUUAGUCCUUUAUAAAGAUUAACCUAAAAUGAUUAAUUGGGAAACAUUUUAAAAUUAGUUUAAAAUGCAAUAAGGAACUUAAAGUUUUUCUCUUAAUGUAUUAGAUAACAUUUUUAGAAAAGAAGACAAUAAUAAACCGAGAAAAGUCUUAGUCAAAAUUUCAUAUUUGAGUUGGUUUCUAAGGUUUAUGUAUAUUACUAUUCUUACUUUGAAUCUAAUUACAUAUUUCCUUAAACCUUAUUCUGUAAUUAAUCUUAAACAAUAUAUAGGAUUUUAUACCAAUUAAAAAAUAGUCUUCCAGAAUAUUCUAGCUAUCAUAAAUGUAAACAUAUUUAAUAGAGGCUUAUGAUACAGUUAUGGAUAUCUUAUUAUAUAAGGAAGCUAAUUUUACUAAUUUAUUAAUUAAUGGAGUAGCUCUAGAAAACUAAGAAUAGUUUUUUAGUUAUCAAACUUAAUAAAUAGACUCAGGUUAUUAAUUUAUCAAAUAAUAAAUAAAAGAUUUAGAUUAAUAAGACACUUUCUUAGAUGAAUCUAUAUUUUCUGGUAUUUCUAUUGUUGAUGAAUCUAUUUCUGAUAUUUAAAGUGUUCCUGUAAAUCUAGAUUAUAAAGAUGCUUUUACUAAAGUUAUUUUAGUUGAACAUUACUUAUCUAUAAUGACAGCUGAUUAAUUAAUCUAAUUAACUAAUACAAAUCCAAUGGUUAAAUACAUCAGAAAUGUUACAAUACCUAUCGUAUAUGAAGAACUUAGUUCUGCAAUUGUAAUACUUUCAGAAAUGUUGAACAAUAUGUCAAAUUCUAUGUCUGAUUUUGUAAUUACAGUACUCAUUAUUGAAUGCUGUGUUUUUAUAAUAGGAUUUUUUGGAUUAUUGUUGAUAAUAUUUUGGAUUUGCUAAACGUUUAAGGCUGUAUUGAAAAUGUUUAUAUUGAUUAAAAAAAGUGAUCUAAAUAAAAUAGUAAAAUAAUAAUAAUUUGUUUAAACUUAAUUUUAAUAUGUUUUGGUAAAAGAUGACGAAAUAUAAGGAGUUAAUACCUAAUAUGAAAGAAAAUUUAUAAUUAGUAGUAAGAAUAACUUCUAAUAGCAACAGAAUUUUUUAUUAAUAAAUGAAAUUGAAGAUUAAAACAUAAUGAAGAGAAAAGAUAAAAAAAUAUUAGAAAAACAAUUAUUAAGAAAAUUAACAUUUAAAAUGUCUUUUAUUUACAUAUUAUUUGUUUUGGUUUCCUCAUCUGUUUCAUUAUUAUUUUUUUUGACUUUGAGUGAUUCAUCAAAAAAAAUUACUUAAAUAAUCAGUAUUGGUUAGAAUUCCAUAUUUGAUUUUAGUGAUAGUUAAUUAUUAUUAGUUUCUGUUAAAGAAAGAUUUUAUAACACUGAAAUUUAUGAUUCAGAAUGUUUACCUUCUAUUAAAAAUAUUUUAGAAACAUAACUUUCAGAUAUAAACGUUGCCCCAUCAAUAGAGAAUCCAAAUUAUGGUAGCUAUUAUGAUAGUUUCUAAUCAAUUUAUUUUAAUAAUUUAUGUUAAUAUCUUUACGAGAAAUAAAAUUUUGAUGAAAUUGCAUUUAAAGAUUGUGAAACUAUAUUAAAUGGAAAAUUGAAAUAAGGUAUAGUAGCAUUUAAUUAAUUAUAUUCUUCAGUGACUUAAGGUAUUAAUUAAAAUAUUAAAAAUUAGAUUAUGUUUUAAAUAAAGAAUCAAGAUUUGGUUAAAUAAAUUUGGAAUCUAUUUGGUAGUUUAAUAUAGCAAUAGAUUAUAUAAAAUCAGCAUUCAAAAUACUUUUGACAAGUUGGUCAAAUGAUUUAGGAGCUUUGAUAGAUGAAGACUAUACUUUAAUAUUAAUAUUAUUGAUAGUGAUGGUAGUGUUUUAAUUUUUAGUUUUUGUAAUAGUGGCAGAGAUGUAUUUGGUUAACUAAUUAAACAAAAUAUUUCAGCUUUAUAGAUAGAUAUAUAAGUCAUAUAUGCCGAAUGAUAUAAUUUAAAAAGAGAAGAUCAUAAGGGCUUCACUAAUUAAAUACAAUAUAAUAAAACGAUGA